ACACAUACUAUACGCGAGAUCAUAUGAGAAGAGUGAUUGGAAACCAAUUAUGAUUUGUUUCAGUCGAGAGCUGCGAAUUGGAGGGACACUUUGAACAUCUCCAUGCUGAUUUCUAAUCAUCUUGACCCAGAAGAAAUUCGCACAGCUUGCAGAGCUUCAGCAAUUGAGUACAUUAAGAAAGUCACUAAGUUGGGAGAUACUAUGUUUGAGUUAUUAUCAGAGGCUCUUGGCCUCAAACGUGACCACUUAACAGCCAUCGAAUUUGGUGGAGGUUGCAGUUUUGUGGGUCACUACUAUCCAGCAUGCCCUGAGCCAGAGCUAACUUUGGGGGCUGGCAAGCACUCUGAUCCUGCAUUCCUAACUGUAGUGCUACAAGACCAGCUUGGAGGCCUCCAAGUCAUGCAUCAAAAUCAAUGGGUUGAUGUUCAACCAAUUCAUGGAGGUUUGGUUGUUAAUAUUGGUGAUCUUCUCCAGAUAAUAUCAAAUGACAAGUUUAGAAGUGUGGAUCAUAGAGUGCUUGCCAACAAUGUUGGACCGAGAAUUUCAGUGGCAUUCUUUUUUAGUGGCGUUUUUGCAACUCCAAAGCAGUAUGGCCCAAUCAAAGAAUUGAUAACGGAAGAAAAUCCUCCUCUGUAUAGGAAUUUUCUGGUAAGUGAAUAUAUUGGCGAGUUUAAUGCUAAGGCACUUGACGAGUCUUUGCUCGACCAUUUCAAGCUAUGAAGCUAUUAAGAACUAUACAUUUCCACAAAACUAUUAUAAUGUAAUAAAGGAACAAAGUUUCUGGGUAUCAGGGUCUUUCCAACUGUUUCCUUCAAUUUGUAAUUUCCAGAACUAUUUAUAUCAUCAUUAUCAUUAUC